AUGCAGGGCCAAGUCUGCGAGGCAAGGAGCAUACCAUUCGCGACGCUCCGGCCUGGCAAUGCCCCGACGCCAUGUCUCAUCAACAAGGAGGACGGAAUCGCCUACCUCUUAUCGCUUCCGCCGCUGCCCAACGGCUCGCGUGUGGGUGCCGGGCCAUCGCCAUCUCUGCCCAAAACACAGACAUGUUGUUCCAAAGUCGACAUUCUUCUCUGUCCGCCGGGCAGCUCACAUAGCUCGAAACAUGCACGCAAAUCCAUCAAGAGCAUCCACGCCAUAUUACUAUUUCAUCCCGAAUCUGAGUCGCUCCUCCUGCGCAAUGUCUGUUCUCUGCCUAUCAUCUACGAGAGUGGGGAUGUCAACGGCGAUGAUCUCACGUUGAGAGGCGGUGGUCCGGACUCAAGUUGUGUGCUUUUGAGGCAGAGCAAUCAUCUUCACUUUGGGGAAUACAACUUCAUUCUCGAAUUCAACCUGCAGUCCCAAGAUUACAACACCUUUACCGCGGAGCGGAAUCGCUUGUGUCAGAUCCGCCCAGCGACGCGCCUAGGCCCGGUUCCAAAUGAGCAGCACUUCACACUCUGGGACGUGAGGGUGCAUGGCGAAAUAUCGAAUCGGCUACCCGAGUCUGUGCAUUAUGGGAUCCAGCUCCAUUCUGGGCGACCUGUAGCCGUGAAGAGGAUUGUCUACAAGGUAGGUCGGGAAACAGGGCGUCGCGCGAGGGCUGAGCUGCAGGUAGCGUCAACAAGUUGUGGAACAAGCGACGGCGUGCUCGGCAUGAUCACGAGUUGGUGCGAGCAUGGAGAAUCUCCGCCGUGUUGGAUCGAAAAAGAAAUGGACUGGCUGUGGCGCAAGCUGGGAGACAGCACUCGCCUUGGUUAUCUUCAUCAAACGUUGUCGGGACUGAACAAGAUCCACAGUAGAGGAUUCAUUCAUGGCAGAAUUCGACCAAAGUCACUCAUGAUUGAUAUUGGGUCGCCCCCUGAGGUCUGGACCAGCUCCAAGGAGACGUGUUACUCAAGCAAGGCAGACGUAUGGGCCCUAGCAGCCUCGUGGCUCCGCGCAUUUUUAAUCCCUCCGGCUGAUCUUUGGAGGAAAGGUGCCGCCUACAGCGUAUAUACGAGCCUUUACAUAGCCUGCUACUUGUCGAUGCUGGCGUGGGAACCUGAUAAUCGACCAAGCGCUGAAGAAGCCCUGCAGCACACAGCCUGGGAGCCUCUACGGAGGAGGGAACAGCAAAGGGAUGACUGCAGGAGACGGCAGAGGGAGGAGGAGGUGAUGCGAGGACCUGCAGACGGAGCCAAGAAGGUCAGGUUGCUCUCGCCUGAGAAGGAGUGA